UGCUGCCAGUCAAAUAUCUCUUUGUCUCUUUUACACAUUCAUUCAUUUUCAUUCUAAUCCCAUAUUGUAUCGAAAAGAGGACGACAAUUUUGUGAUGAAAAUGACUUCCACACCGUUCAGCGUUGGCCUAUCUGAUGACACUCGAGUGUCGAGCCGCGUCCUGCGCCCUCCCGGCGGCGGACACACCGACAUCUUCGGCUCGGAGCCCGAGCCUCUGCGCUUGGGCCGUCGCCCUGGACCUAACGCUACAGUUCCAGCGCCUCCCAAAGUAGAGGAAGCAGCGGUGCCGGCCGCCGUCGCCAGCGCUCCCAAUCAGAACGGCAACUGCGCACCGCCCGAGACUCCCGCCGUCACCCCCACGGAGCCCCCCGCGCCCGCCGCGACCACCGCACCCGCCGCCGAGCCCGCCAAGGCCGACGCCCCCCGACCGGCGGCCGCCAACCCGGAGCCCCCGCGGCGCGUGCGCGUGCCCCCCGGCGGGUUCUCCUCGGGCCUGUGGUAA